AUGCCCACGGAGCUUCAUCCAAAUGCUGAUUUUCACAAGGCUGGCUACUUGUACUUGCUAGUAUGCUGGGCUGUCUUUCUCAGCUAUUCUAUUUUAUACCAGCUCAAUCGAUGCAUAACGUUAUUUUUGCGCUGGCAACAACAAAAACGGAGGAGGAGGAGGAGGCGAUAUACCAAAGGACGACGAGAUAAUGAUACCACUAUACGGGCUCCUCUUGAGAUUCUCAAUCACUGGAUGAGACCCCUUGAGCAUUCAAGGACGAUCCCAUACAUCGCAACGAUGAUAUCCACCAAACAUUUAAUUGGGAUGAGCCUUUUCAUCAUUGCCAACAUUGUCUUUAUAUGGUUUUCACCAUUCAAACUACAUCCAUUGAUGGAUCAUUACGAGUGGCCCAUCAUUGGUAUCUUGGAUCGACGUAUGAUGUACGUAGGCAUGGCCAAUUUCAGCUUUACAAUGGUGCUAGGCACACGUAAUUCGAUUAUCACAGCAUUGUGUGGGCUCAGCUUUGAGCAAUUGAUUCCAUUUCAUCGUUGGUGUGCAAGGUUGGGCUUGGCAGAAACUGUGCUACACGUGGUUUAUCGAGCCUGGUAUGGAUAUUGGGAAAGUGGAGAAGGUAGCCUCCAUGACGCAUUCUUUAAGGAUGAAGAGUAUACAUCAGGGACCCUAAGCUUGGUUGGAUACCUUAUCCUGUUUGCAACGUCGCUCUACUACAUUCGACGUCAUUUCUUCCGGUUGUUUUAUUAUUGGCAUAUCAUUGGCAUUGUCAUUGCCACAGGUGGUGCCAUGUGGCAUGAGUGGUCUUGCAUUUACUUUUUGUAUCCUCCUACUGUGCUUUGGGUCCUGGAUAGGCUAUUACGGUCCUAUCAUUCAUGGUGGCAACAAUGUAAUCUUGUCCAUAUGGAGCAACAUCAUGAAAAGAUCGUUCAUGCAAAGUUUCAACAUCCAAUGUUACAACAUUUUCGCCCUGGCCAAUAUUUCUUUACCGCGUUCCUCACCCCAAACAAUGAUCAUGGCAAAGAACCAAAACGCUGGCACCAUCGGGUGCGUAAUUGGAUUGAACAUCACGCGGACUGGUAUCCAAUGACGGUAUCCAAUUAUCAAGAAAAGCCAUCGAUUGGAUCCUUUCAUAUCAAAGUGCUUGGUGAUGGCACUCAGCGAUUGAUGCAAGCUGCAAGGAACAAUAAUUCACUUCACUUACGAGUGGAUGGGCCUUAUGGGCCAAGACUACACUAUAUGGAUUACGACACAGUGGCAUUGUUUGCUGUUGGCAUUGGCAUUACACCUGCCCUAACGAUUCUCAAGGAUUGUGUACAGCAAAUAACAAGGCGGUCUUUUGUACGCAAGGUGUACCUUGUUUGGUCUGUGACAGCUGCAGACGAGGUACAACCAUUUAUCGAUAUUCUUAAGGAAUGCGCAACGUAUCCAUCAUUAUCGGCUGUGGAAGUCAACAUGACCAUUCACCUGACACGCGAAAAGGACACGAGUCGAUGCAUGGAACUCACACAACAUAUCCCUGGGAGCAACAUUAUCCAAGGAUAUCGCCCUAAUAUCGAGCAAUGCUUAAAUAAUAUAGAGAAGAAUGAGGACGAGGAGGAGGGUGGUAAACGCGUAUGGGUACAUGCGUGUGGAUCAAUAUCAUUUAUGAACACGGUGAUCAAUGAGGCAGUACGCCAUGGCUUUGACUUUCAUCAUGAGACAUUCGAAUUCUAG